AUGCCGCCCACACACAUCUCUGGGACCUCGCGUGCUCUGUACCGCGUCUUCAUCGCCCCAUCUCUGCGCACCACAACUUCUAUCCCACUGUUGUACGCUCCAGCAUUUGCGCCUUUAGUAUCAGGACCUACAUCUCUCGCCUCCUCAACACCCAGCCUCACCUCGCGGACCUCAAUCCGCACAAAAAAGUACACCAAAGACACCCGUCGCCAUGCAAUAUCAGACUACUACAUCAUCGACAAUGCCAUCGAAGCCGAGCGCAUAAACCUCGUUGACGAAAAUGGCACAUUCCACAACGACGUUCCGACUGAGGAGGCACUGACCAGCUACGACAAAGUCACGCACCACCUAGUACAAAUGACACCAGGAAAGGUCGAUGAAUACGGAGAGCUCGAUCCCGAGAAUCUGCCUACCUGCAGAGUCAUUUCCAAAAUAGAUCUUCGCGCUCAACAUGAACGCAAACUUGAGACGCUGCGCCGCCAGGCAAAAGGUCAGGGCGCUGGUCCUAUUUCAAAGUCUCUCGAACUCAAUUGGGCUAUUGCACCCGGUGAUUUGAAACACCGAUUGGAGUCUCUGAAGAGGUUUCUCAAGGAGGGGAGGAAGGUUGAGGUUUUGAUGGGGCCGAAGAAGAAGGGGAGGAAGGCGACGCCUGAAGAGGCGGAUGCGGUUAUCAAGGCUGUUAGGGACGCUGUUGGAGAGUGCAAGGGGGCUAGAGAGGGCAAAAGCGAGGGACAGGUUGGAGGGGUAAUGACGGUUGUCUUUGAAGGAAGAAAGGUGGAGAAAAAGGCGGAAGAGAAGGCGGAGGAUGACGAAGCGUGA